AUGGAAAUUCCCACAGACCAACCUACAGAAGUAGUCGUCCUACCUGCAAACUACACCUCCGUGAAUCCACCAGAAUCGUUCUCCGACUCUCGGCGGGGCGAGUUGACAUGGCAUACGCUCUUCUCCACGCCCUCUACUCCAACCAGCGAUAUGUCGGCGGGUAUAGCCGUCUGUCCUCCACGGACAGGCCGUCUCCAUCAGCACCGCCAUGCUCAAGCCGAGAUUUACUAUAUACUCGAAGGCCGCGGCACUGUUGCGGUCAACGGAGUAGAACACCCGGUUGAGAAGGGAUGUGCGAUGUUUAUACCUGGAGAUGCGGAUCAUGCAGUGAUCAACGACAGUGAGGAUGAGCUGAAGUGGCUAUAUGUCUUUCCGACGGGGGCGUUCACCGAUGUACAUUACAUGUUCUCCCAUGAGGCGGAGAAGGCGAGCUAG